AUGGCUUCUCUCUCCAACUUCGUUAACUUGUCUUCUCCUGCCUUGUUAGUCUCUGCGGCCACUAUUGCUUUCAACCCAAUCUUCUGGAACAUUGUUGCUCGAGCAGAAUACAACAACCAUAUCUUGACUCGCAUUUUCGGGGGCCCUUACAAGGGAUGCUACUUCCUCGCUUUUACCAUAUUCGCUAUAGGCAUUGUGCGUGAUCAUGUGUACCAGGUCGCUUUGGACGAGCAACCUUUCUACGCCCCCGUGCACCAACCCAUUAUUGGGGGGAUUCUGUUUGCAUCUGGCUCUGUUCUGGUUCUUUCGAGUAUGUGGGCUCUUGGUGUGACCGGCACCUAUCUGGGUGAUUACUUUGGAAUUCUCAUGGAUGCCCCUGUCACUGGCUUUCCAUUCAACGUUACUGGCUCGCCAAUGUACUGGGGAAGUACCAUGAACUUCCUGGGCGUUGCACUGUGGAAGGGCAAAGCUGCUGGAUUGUUACUUACCGCCGAGGUCUUUGUGCUGUACUGGUUUGCUUUGCAGUGGGAGGACCCUUUCACUGCUGAGAUUUAUGCCAAGCGUGAGCGUGAGCGCGCCAAAAAGCAGGGCGGCAAGAGGCAGUAA